GGGGAGGUAAGACUCCGCUUGACCGCGCAACAAGAUAAUCCCAAGCUGCGCCUGGAAAAAUUGUCCUUGACCACCACUUUCGCUCACCACACAGAUCCAAGUCGACGGAACAGCCACUUCUUCACAAGACGUCAUCGUCAGGAUGCCAAUCUUCGCGACAUAUGGCAAGGAUGGUCGAAGAAUCACGCAGCCUAACAACGUCGCUCCAACCAUCAAGCGUAUAGACGUUGACAAUCCGCUCGAAGGAAAGCCGGAGCCUACUGUGCUGAUCAUCGGAGCUGGUACUUUCGGCACAUCUACCGCCUAUCACCUUGCCCAGCUCUACAAAGACCCAUCCAAGGUGACCAUCAUCGACCAAUCCUCCAGCCCACCGAAGCUCGCCGCAGCCAUUGAUGUUAAUCGCGUCAUCAGAACCGACUAUGCCAACAAGAUAUACUGCGACCUCGCAUGCGAGACUAUCCACCCAUGGUUCUGGUCCGAAGAACUGGGUCCAUUCUUCCACAAAGUGGGCUGGCUGAUGUACGAAGAAGAAGGCAGCGACCUCAAAUCCCGCAUCAAAUCCACCUUUGAAGGAAGAGGAAGCACUCAAGCCCAAGACAUCGACCUCAACAACAUCUCCUCCCGUUGGAACGCACUCCAAGGCACCUCCUCCGAAGGCUUCCAAUCCGCCUACUUCAACCCCGAAGCAGGCUGGUGCGACGCCGCCCAAGCAACUCACGCCUUCAUGCAAGCCGCCGAACGCAAAGGCAUCCGCCGCGAAACCGGCAAAGUAACCCAACUCCUCCACGACUCCACAACCAAAACUAUUCAGGGCGCUCAAACCGCCGACGGCCGCACCUUCUACGCCGAUAAAACGAUCCUCUGCACCGGCCCCUGGACCUCCGCCCUCCUCUCCACCCUCGAAGAAUCCCUCUCCCUACCCACCAACCUCCGCAUCGAAUCCCAAAUCCAAGCCACAGGUCUCUGCGCAGCCUACUACAACUGCACCUCAACCGAAAUCUCCCAACUCGAUAACUUCCAACUCCCCGUCGUAGUCUACGGUGGUCUCGGAGAGAUCAUCCCACCCUCUCAUGGAAACAAACUCAUGAAAUACGCGAAUUCUCGCUCUGGAAUUAUAAAUUCCCACACUCUUCCUUCGGGUCAUAAGAUUUCCAUCCCGGCGGAAGAUCAAUACUGUGUACCAGAAUGCUUGAAACAAGAGACGAAAGCGAUGAUCAGCGAGAAAGUUUUACCUGCGUUUGCGAAGGGUAAAGAACCGGAUUAUUGGCGUAUUUGCUGGGAUGCGCAGACUCCGACGGAAGAUUUCUUGAUUUGUAAACAUCCGGAUCAGGAGAGGUUGAAGGGGUUGUAUGUUGCUACGGGAGGCAGCUUUCACUCGUAUAAGUUCCUCCCCAUCAUCGGAAAAUACAUCCUCAACGUGCUGUACGAUGUCUCGAAUGGCGAAGAGAAAGACAAAGCAUGGGGCUGGAAAGAAAAGGGACAAUGGGUCGACGUUCAUGAACGAGGAUUGUUGAGUCAUAAGAGUGUCGUCAAGACAGAGCUGCAGGCAUUGUUCGCUCGAGGUGGGGGAUCGAAGGUCAGUGCGCCUAGGCUUUGAACGAAAGUCAGAUAGUGCGAAUUGUUUGAGUCGUAAUGAAGUGGGCUUUGUACAUAAGAGGAGAGGGACAUGUGGCUUAUAG